AUGGUUGAAAUUAAUGAAAUAGAGUUUAUUGAAGAAUCAGAAUACUUUAAAUUUCAACAUGGAUCUUUUUUUUCUAUACUAGAAGAAGAGAAAAAAAGAAAAAAAGAAACAGGAUAUUUAGAAAGUAAUAUUUCUAAUAAUAAUUUUAUGAUUAGUAAUUUGAAGCAAAAAGGUUUUUAUAUUUUUAAUAAAAAUUUAAAUAUAUUUUCAUUAUCUGAUUUUUUAUAUAAAAUUGAUAAUGAUAAUAGCAACAUAAAUAUUAAGUCAUUACCUUUUGAAGAAAAUGUUCUUUUAAUAGAAAAUAAUAAAAAGGAUGAUUUAUCAUUUAUAUACACAGAUCAAUUUAAUAUUUAUAUAUUUGAUUAUAAUAAUGAUGAAGUUAACUUGUAUUGCAAUACUUACCUAAAAAUUAAACAGAUAAAACAUAUAGAUAAUUUUGUUUUUUUAGUAUUGAGUGAAGAUGAAAAAAUAUAUAUAUUAAAAGAUAAAAUAAUACAUGAAUCCUCUGAUUUUACAAAUCCUAUUAAUAAUAUUGAUGAAAAAAAUGGAGAAUUUUUAUUUUCUUAUUCAAAUGAAGAAACAUUUAUAUUAAAAAACGAAAGUAAUACAAAUUCUUAUGAUUUAAGUAUUAUUAGUAAAGAAAUAGAUAUCGUAUAUGAAUAUUGUAAUAUAAUAUGUGCAAAAAUAUUAGAAUCAGAUAAAAAAAAAAAAAAAUUGUUUAUAGUAGUUUUAUAUAAGGAAACGAAUGAUUUAACAAGUAUUACUUAUGAUAUCAAUAUAGAUGAUAAUGAAAUAAAAAGAGUUAACUAUUCUGUAAAUGACUUUUUUUUUGAGAAUUUUGAUAAAAAAAAUUUUAUUAAAACUGUUUAUAUAACUGAAUGGAAAGUUUUAGUUUCUUUUUCAUCAGAAUCAUGCGAAGUUAUCACUUAUACACAUAAUGAAAAUUUUGAUGAAAAAAACAACCUAAACGAUUUAAAAAUUUUAUGUAUAAAAGAAGGUUAUAAAAUUAAUACAAGAGAAUCUAGUACUUUUUUUUUAUCCUUAUUUAUUUAUUCUAAAUAUGUAGAUAAAAUAUAUCGUAAAAGUAAACUAGGGAAUGUUCCUUUUUUAAAAAACCCAAUUGUUUUUUUUUUGUUACAAGAAAAUCUCAAAGUUGUUGUAGAAUAUUUAGAUCAAUUUAAGCUAGAGGAUAAUUCAGAUUAUUCAUUUAAUGAUAUUAAAAAUGUAAAUGAAAAUGAAAUAAAGGAAAUAAGUUUACUACCACCAUUAAAUAAUGAUAUAAUUGAAUUAUAUGAAUUAACAAAUCAAAAUGCAUUAUGUAUUUUUAAAUUAAAGGAGUUAAAAAAUGAAGAAAAUUUUCAAUCAAAAAAUGAAAAUGCUUUAGAAAUAUAUCAAAGUGAUAACAAAUCUAAUGAAAAUAAUGUAUUAUAUAAUAAUGAUGAUAUUAUAAAAAACUGCAAUGAAAAUGUUAAUAUGUCAGAAGAAGAAAGCAGUAUUAAUCAAAUUGAAGGAAAAAAUAAUAUUAAAGAAAAUGGAAAAAAUGAAGAAUCAAGUAAUUAUAAUAAAAAUUUUAAGGAUUUUUUAUAUGAAGAUAAUAAUUUUAUUAUAAAUAAAUUACUACCUAAAUAUAAUAAAUUAAUAAAAAAUGGUAUGUUUUUAUGUGAAGACUUUUUAUAUAAUGAAAAUCUAAGCUUUAUUCAAAAAAUAAAAGUUCCAAAAUUUAUUAAAAGAAAAGAAAGUUAUGGUAGCAAAAGACACACAAAAGUAAAUUUUUUAGAUACUUAUGAAAAAAAAAAAAAAAAAAAAAUGGAAUUUCAAAAAAUAUUUAAUUCCUUAAAUUUUGACAUAGUUAAACAUGAAAAAUUGUCUGAAGAAUAUUGUGAAAAAAUAAUAAAAAAAAUAGAAAAAAAACAGAAAUUUAUAUUUGAUAUUAAAAAAAUAUUUUUAAAUGAUGAAAUAGAAGAAAAUAUAAAAAAUAAUAAAGAAGAUGAAGAAAUGUGUAAAAAUAAAAAUAAAAACAAUAAGAGUAAAAAUGAAGAAAAGUGUGGUAACGAAAUUCAAAUAUAUAUAUCAAAAGAAGAAAUGAAUAAAUUUUACCUUGAUUUAGAUUCCUAUUUUUUAAAAAAUAAAUUGUUCAAAGUAAACAAAGAAAUUCUUGAUAAUUUAAAAAAUAAUGAUUAUAAUAAUUAUAUUUUUCAAAUUAUAUUUUAUAAUAUUUUCUUAAAAAAAGGUUUUACAUAUUGUGAAUUUUUUUUAUAUUUUAUUUUAAAAAAUUAUAAUUCUGAAUGCUUUUCAAAUUCCUUACCAUUACUGGAAUAUUAUUUUAGCUACAUAUUAAAACUAUAUAUAGAAACAAAUAAAAAAAAUAAUAAUAUAGAUAAUGAAACUAGUAAUAUAUUGGAUAUAGGAAAAAAUUUAUUAAAUAAUAAUAGUUCUAAUGUAGCUAAAAAAAGUUAUAUAUAUGAUGAUUUAGAUAACAUCAAUAAUGAAUGUAUAGUAACCUCUUGUGAUGACGAUUUAAAUAAUAAAAUAUAUAAUGAAGAUAAUAAAAAAAAAUACAAUAAAUAUGUUUCAAAAAUAAUUCCUUUAUUUUAUGAAGAAAGUGAUAAAGAAAAGGAAUUAAAUUUAUUUAAAAUAAUGCAUUAUAGUAUUAAUUUUUUAAAUAAUAGUUUAUAUAAUUUUCUUUCACAAAAAUUAUUGGCAUAUAUAGCUGAAAACGACCUAAAUAAAAUAGAUAAUAAUAUAAUUUCAGAUAAAAUCCAUUUGUUAAAUAUUAUGCUUAAUAAAAACGAUAUUAAGAAAAUAAAUUAA